AUGGCUUAUCCAUAUAUGAAUGGUGUUCUACAUGCUGGCCACUGUUUCACUCUUUCGAAAGUCGAGUUUGCCACUGGUUAUGAAAGAAUGUUGGGAAAGAAUGCUCUCUUUCCACUUGGUUUUCAUUGUACUGGUAUGCCCAUCAAGGCCUGUGCUGACAAGUUGACUCGUGAGAUCGAGCAGUUCGGUGAAAACUUCGAGAAUGCUCCGACUCCUGAAGAGGAGGCUGCUGUCGCCGCUGCUGCAGAGGAGGCAGAGAAGUCUAAAAAGCCCGCUACUAAGACCGACCCAUCAAAGUUCACUGCAAAGAAGUCCAAGGCUGUUGCAAAGCAAGGAAGAGCCAAGUACCAAUUUGAGAUUAUGCUUCAGUUGGGAAUUCCUCGUGAAGAAGUUAGCAAGUUUGCUGACCCAUUUUAUUGGGUUGAGUACUUUCCUCCUCUUUGUCAAAGAGAUUGUAAUAGUUUUGGUGCUAGAAUUGACUGGCGUCGUUCUUUUGUUACUACUAAUGCUAACCCUUACUAUGAUUCUUUCAUUCGUUGGAAUAUGAAUAGAUUGAGAGAAGCUGGUAAGAUUAAGUUUGGUAAGCGUUAUACCAUCUUUUCUGCUAAGGACAAUCAGCCAUGUAUGGAUCACGAUAGACAGGUUGGCGAGGCAGUUAAUCCUCAAGAGUACACUGCUAUCAAGAUCAAGGUUACUGAAUGGCCCGAGGCUGCACAAAAGGUCCUUAGUGAGCAGUCAUUCGACUUGAAUGGCAAGAGCGUCUACCUAAUUGCUGCUACUCUGCGUCCUGAGACUAUGUACGGUCAGACCUGUUGUUUUGUUAGCCCUAAAAUUGAAUAUGGUAUUUUCGAUGCUGGUAAUAACGACUAUUACAUUUGUACCGAGCGUGCCUUCAAGAACAUGUCAUUCCAGGACUUGACACCUGUUAGAGGUUAUUAUCAAGCUUCUGCCAAGAUUUCUGGUUCUGUUAUUAUCGGUGCCAAGAUCAAGGCCCCUCUUUCCGUCUACCCUGAGUUGCGUGUUCUUCCUAUGGAGACCGUCUUGGCUAACAAAGGUACUGGUGUCGUUACUUCAGUUCCAAGUAACUCUCCAGAUGACUAUAUUACUGCAAUUGAUCUCCAGAAUAAGCCUGAGUACUAUAAGAUUGAAAGGGAGUGGGCUUCUUUCGAGCCAGUUGCCAUUAUUGAGACUCCCACUUAUGGUACCGUUACCGCUAAAACUAUUAUCGAGCAAUUGAAGGUUAAGUCUCCCAAGGACAAGGAUGCUCUUGCCCAAGCCAAAGAACUUGCAUACAAGGAAGAUUUCUACCAGGGUGUUAUGGUUAUUGGUAAAUACAAGGGUGAAAAGGUCGAAGAUGCUAAGCCUAAGGUGAAGGCUGAUUUGAUUGCAAGCAAUGAAGCUUUUGUUUACGACGAGCCUGAGGGAUUGGUCAUUUCCAGAAGUGGUGAUGAGUGUGUUGUUUCUCUUCAAGACCAGUGGUAUACUGAUUAUGGUGAGGACUCAUGGAGAGCUAAGGCUGAGCAAUGUCUUUCUCAAAUGAACACUUACAGUCCCGAGACCAAGCAUGGUUUUGAGAAGGUACUUGGUUGGUUGAAGAACUGGGCUCUUUCUAGAUCUUAUGGUCUCGGUACCAAGAUUCCUUGGGAUCCCCAGUAUCUGGUUGAAUCUCUAUCAGACUCCACAAUAUACAUGGCUUAUUACACCAUUUCCCACUUUCUUCACUCCGACUUUUACGGUAGAGAAAAGGGUCUUUUGGAUAUUAAGGUUGAGGAAAUGACUGAUGAGGUCUGGGAUUUCGUGUUCACCAAUCCUACCGAUGAUAUGAGCAACCUCAACACCACCAUUUCUAAAGACAAGCUUAUGAAAAUGCGCCAUGAAUUCCAGUACUUUUAUCCUCUAGAUGUCAGAGUGUCUGGUAAGGAUCUUAUACCCAAUCAUUUGACAUUUUUCAUUUACGUACAUACUGCUAUCUUUCCUGAAGAAUUUUGGCCCCGCGGUAUCCGUGCUAAUGGUCACUUGAUGCUCAACAACGAAAAGAUGUCCAAAUCUACUGGUAACUUCAUGACUCUUGAAGAAAUAGUCAAAAAAUUUGGUGCUGAUGCCGCUAGAAUUGCUCUGGCCGAUGCUGGUGAUACAUUUGAAGAUGCCAACUUUGAUGAGAGCAACGCUAACGCUGCUAUCUUGCGUUUGUAUAACCUGAAGGAAUGGAUGGAAGAGGUCAUUAAGAAUGAUUCUGAGCUUCGUACCGGCAGCGCUGAUGAGUACAACUUCUUUGACUUAGCUUUUGCUAAUGAAAUGAAUGAACUCAUUGCUGCUACCAAGGAUAAUUACGAGAAUGCUUGGUACAAGGGUGCCCUUAAGUCUGGAUUAUUUGAUUUCCAGAGUGCUCGUGAUUAUUACCGGGAGUCUACUACAUCUGUUGGUACAGGUAUGCACAAAGAGCUUGUCCGCAGAUAUAUCGAGGUUCAAGCUCUUCUCCUUACUCCUAUUGCCCCUCAUUUUGCUGAAUAUGUUUGGCGUGAUAUCUUGGGAAAGAAUGAGUCGGUGCAAUACGCCCACUUCCCAAAGGUUGAUAGCCCCAUCAACAAGUCAAUUUCUGAUGCUCUUGCCUAUGUCCGAAAUCUUUCGAGAUCUGCACGUGAAACUGAAGGUGCUUUACUCAAGAAGAAGAAGAAGGGUAAUGACUUUGAUCCCAAGAAGCCUUCUAAAUUGUCCCUUUACAUUUCGUUAGCAUUUCCCAAAUGGCAAGAUGAAUACAUUGAAGUUGUCAGAGAUGCUUUUGAGAACUUAUCGCUCGACUUCACUCCAGAUUUCAAACAGAAGAUUGCUAAGAUUGGUGAUGUUAAACGUGGUAUGCAAUUUGUCAAUACUUUAAAGACUAAAUUGACGGUUGAGAAGCUCCCCCCCAACACCGUUUUUAAUCGUAAGCUGACUUUUAGCGAGGUUGAUACCGUAAAGACAACUGUUACUCUUCUGAAAAAGAGUCCUCAAGCUACAAAAAUCGAGGAGAUUCAACUUAUUGCCAUUGAUGAAAACGAUAAUACGAAGGGUAAGGACAUCAUUUCUGGCGAGGAAGUCGAGGUUCCAUCUGUUAAGCAAGUCCAGGAAGCUGUUCCUGGACAACCCGCUAUUGUCAUCGCCAACAUCUGA